UUUCGAUUCUCUUGUUGGGUUCCAGAUCUAUAAACCAUGCUGGAAUUCAUUAUGGGCGUUGAUCCGCUCUCACUUUCUAUUCAUUAGGGGGAUGGCGCUUUGUAUUAGUACGUAAGAUUCCCAGAUGAAUUUAGAACAAUUUCUGCGGAUCGACACCAUUGCUGGAAUUGGACACACUUUUGGUGAGAAAGGAACUACGAACUGGCUUAUUAAGCCAAUUGGUCAGUCACAAUUAAAGUUUGCUGCCUGUGCAUGCUUGGUCUGUUUCUUGAUCACCUCUGCUGCAUUGGACCGAAGAUUGGAGACAAUGCAUGAUUUGAAUUCGAGCAUGCCUGAGAGGAACCUGACCAUGCGCCAAGCUGUCAUCAUGGCCUCUGGAUCCAUUUGCAUCUAUGAGAUCUUGAGACGAGUUGCGUCGUGGGUGUGGUGGACGACGCCAGAUAAGCAGGAGAAAGUCCCGGAGAAAGUCGAUGAUCCGGUCCAUGGCAGCGGCCCUUUGCCGGAAUUUGGAGAGAGCCUGCGAGCUCGAGAAUAUUCCUUCCCAGAUGGUACACAUACAGUGAAUAAUGGCGCGUAUGGCUGCGUCCCGCAGAUUGUUCUCCGUGAGCAGAAAAGAUUGAUGGAUGAACGAGAGACCAAUCCUGAAAUGUGGUACCGUUAUCUUAGUCCAGCUAUGUACAAAGAUGCCGUCAAGAAUGUUGCCGAGUUCGUGGGAGCAAAACCUGAAAACCUGGUCUUGGUUGAAAAUGUUACAACUGCAACAAACGCCAUCGUAAAAUCUUUCAGGUUCAGAGCUGGUGACCAGAUCUUAGUGACGAAUCAUACAUUUAAGGCUGUGUUGACGACGCUUGACUACUGGGUUACCACUCUCAAUCAACUUGACCAAGAUAUCAGCAUUGUACCUAUCAAGAUUCCAGUGCAGACGACAGCCAAGGAGAUCAUCGAACACUAUUCCCGUGCCCUCGAUGAGAACCCCCGUAUCAACCUAGCUAUGAUUGAUCACAUCACAUCUUCCUCAGCGAUUGUUAUGCCCAUCAAGGAACUGGUUGACCUGUGCCACAGCCGUGGAGUGAUGGUAGCAAUCGAUGGUGCGCAUGCGCCAGGACAGAUCCCGCUUCGGUUAGAAGACCUUGGGGCUGACUUCUACUACGGCAAUCUGCACAAGUGGCUUUUUUCACCUAGAGGAUGUGCCUUGCUCUACGUCCAUCCCAAGCAUCAGCGUUGGAUCCAAACUCCUGUCUCCUCUUACAACACGCUUGAGGAGAAUCUUCAAGAACGCUUCCAGGACAACGGAACCAGGGAUUCGAUCCCUUACUACACUGUUAAACAUUGCAUCAACUUCCUGAAUUACCUUGGUGGCUUGGAACGGGUGACGGCCUACAAUUCUGAGCUUGUCCAGUGGGCUGCUGAAAUGUUGUCCAAAGCUUGGGGCACAACCUGGAUUGAACUCGAGGAAAACCUGAGGGCGCCCUUCAUGCGGCUCAUUGUUCUCCCGCAAACCAAGAAACUAUUAACUUUUAAGACCAAUCGAGAACUGGCUUAUGAGGUUUUGAAUCAGCAUGGCAUUGUUACUGCUAUAACAGGCGAUGGCAAAAACACCUACCUACGUAUCAGCGCUCAAGUUUAUAACUACAAAGAGGAAUAUCACGCCCUGCGUGAUGCAAUUAUUGAUAUUCUUGAUAUAUAAGAUAAACAUGUUCUUUACUUUUAGAUUAGGAAAUAACUUUACAGUUUGUAUUUUUUGUAUGAUCACUCUUGUAGAGAAGUGAUCUCAUUACCUGGAGAUUAUUUUCAAAAGCUGUUCGUAAGUUGAAGGUCAAGUCCACCCAGAAAUACGUUGAUUUGAAUAAAUAGAAAAAAUCAAACUAGCAU